UCAGAUUUAUAAUGCUAGGCAAUCAAUAAGGAGGGAAGAGAUGGAGGGUAGGACUCUCCUUCAAUACUGUCUUUAUAUGGCCACAGAACUUAAUUACGUGGUCUGGACAGACUUGGAUAAUGAAGGGGGAUUGAGCAAAUUAUUAGUUGCAAAUCCUACCUCUAUCCAAAUGAUACGUAUGUGGCCGUAUGUUGUGUUGAUAGAUACAACGUACAUAACAAACAAACAAAAGUGGCCACUAUAUGAAGUAAUCGGAAUGACGCCAACCAAUCACAACUUCUUGAAUGCGUUCUGUUUGAUGCGAGAUGAGGUGGCUGUGUCAUAUUCGUGGGCGUUGCAGGGAUUGAGAGAUAUUUUUGGCACAGCUCAUACUCGUAGCGUCAUUGUAACUGAUCGAGAUGAAGGUUUAUCUGCAGCUAUUCGUGAAGUCUUCCCAGAUGUGCGGCAUUUGUUACGCAUUUGGCAUAUUGCAAAUAACGUUGAGAACAUGGUGGACAAGUUGUGUGGCGGGAAAAGAAAUCAACAAGAGUAGGUACUCGACCGUUGGGCCUAGGGAUGGUCAUGAGUCCAGGACCCUGUUGGACCCGCCCCGGACCUGCCCCUUUUUUAAGGGUAUGGGUCUUAUUUUUUGAGACCCAUCGGAUCCGGGUCGGAUCUGGAUCCAGAAAGUAUUUGACGGGUCCGGGUCUGGGUCUCAAGGUGCAGACCCGGACCCGAACCCAGACCCAGACCCUAGAUCCGCCCCUCAGAGCCGGACUCGGACCCUAUACAAUUAAAUAUUUUUUUUAUUUUGUAGUAAUUAUUUUGUAUUUGAAUUUCAUGGAC